CGCCGCGUCAGUUGGUAUAUCAAAACCGCAAACCAUCCUUUUUGUUGUAUUGUGAGUUGUUUUCUGCGACGGAGGCGAGAAAUUUAAACAAUUAGCAUUCAGAGUGCUAAGACACAAACGCUUAUUGCGUAUACGUUGAAAGCCCGUUGAAGGACCGACUAAAAUAUACCCCAUUUAGCGUAUUGUGUUUAAGGGAGAAUUGCGUAUACGAGAGGCCCGCCUAGGGACCUACAGUAAGAUACCACAUUUAGCGUUCCAUCCAGCGAACGAAUCGCGUAUAAUCCCAUAAAAUGAUGAACGAGGCGGCUCUUGCAAACAUGAUACCCUACGAUACCAUCGGAUUAUACGAACAACCCAAGCCCCGCUUCAUCUUUAAGAUGCCGCGCGUUGUGCCCGACCAGAAGUCCAAGUUCGAGAGCGACGAGCUCUUCCGGCGGCUCAGCCGGGAAAGUGAGGUGCGCUACACGGGUUAUCGGGAGCGCAGCAUCGAAGAGCGGCAGGUACGUUUCAUGAAUGGAUGCCGCGAGGGACACACGGAGGCUAGCUUCGUGGCCUCGGGCACCAAUCUGCAGCUGGUAUUUAACGCCAACCAGAACCCGUACCUGCACGAUAAGGAGUGCGACUUCGACAAGGAGCAUGGCAAGGUGCAUAUCAAGUCUUACUUCAUUAUGAACGGGGUUUGCGUUCGCUUCCGCGGCUGGAUGGAUCUGGAGCGGUUGGACGGUGUGGGCUGCCUGGAGUAUGACGAACGGCGGGCGAUGCAUGAGGAUGCUAUUCUACGGGAUCAGAUUGAUCGGUAUAAUCAGCGGCUGCGUGAAUUCGAGGACACCAAGCGCGCCUACCGCGACAACAGACAGGACGAGAUGGAGGCAGUACGGCGAGGCGUCGCCUCCGGCGGUAUUGGCGUCGGGGCCAGCAUGUGGCGCCGUUAGUUAGACCUGUGGACGGCGCCAGGGCCGUCGCACCCGCAGCUACAGCUCCAACAGCAGCAGCCGCAUCACCAGCAGCUAGAGACUCACUUCGCGAAUACUCAAUACUUCAUGGACAACUGAGAAUGCUCCGAGCCCUUUAGGAGGGCCUCCCUUUGCGAGAUUUCAAUACGAUUACGUUAGACACGCUCGAAUAAUUAUGCUCCUAGAUUAGUGUUAGAUGUAAUGCUUACUUUACGUAUGCUUUUAUGGUAUUAUACUUACAACUUAGUGUGGAAUUAGUGUCGUAUCUUUAAUUAAAAUACAUAACUACUAAUCGA